GUUCAACAGAACACUUGAGUUUGCCUGAGUGAGCCUUCUUGGCCGCACAGCUUAACCGCGUUGACUCCUUCGGGGACGUCAUGAAGUGAUACAGAGAAAUAUGGUAGCGCGGUGGGGGCCCGUGUGUGCGGGGCGCCUUCUCAGCCUCUUCGCUAGCAGCCUGCUUCUUUUCGCGGUGGCUAGCAGAGCAGACACGGCAUGCACGCUGGAUGGCGUCGAUAUUGGCAGCACUCGGGUAGUCGUCUUGAGCUCACCUUGCUUCAUCGCGAGCGCACCAUGGACGCCACCGUCGUCCUAUGUGGCUGUCAAUAUGACGGGUGGAGUGAACGGCUAUGGCGCUCUGUCUUCUGGCUUCCUGUCCGAUAUAAUCAGGGCCGCUGGCUCCCAGGUUCUGGCGCUGCAGAACCUGGCGCUCCUGCAGGCCAGAGUUGAAGUUUCGCCCGAUAAGUUUCUUGCGCUUCCAGCGAUAAAUGCCGCUCAGGUCAUCCUGGAAAGCAUUACAGUGAAUACAGACUGCUUGACGGUGCAGCUGCUCUUGGAGAGCAGCAUUGCGGCGACAUGGCCGCGAGGGACUGGGUACUUGUACGUGCCCGGGCCCUACACCCGCUCAGGCUGGAGCUACAACAGGGUUAACUUCACCUGUGACGUUCCGGGCGUACAGCUCGAUGGGUCUGGUGUGCCCACGACCACAGUGCUGACAUCGGGGCUUGGCCUAUUUAACGCCCUCGUCUUAAGUCAAUGGACGCCAGCGAUGGGCGGCCGCUCCACCCCGAUGACUAUCUUGGUCAAUGUGAACAUUACGCUGAAGGCCAGCGCAUGGUACUGGUCAAGGGGCCUCUCAGUGUCGCGAAACACGACCCUGCGAGGCCAGCCCGGGUCUCUGACUGUCAUCGAUCUGGAAGGGGCGUCAACCUACAUCACGGUGGCACCAGGCUUCAUGGUUGUAAUGGAGAACGUCCAUCUGCUCAACAUGGGGCCACUGCGCGGCGCACUCGGCGACCUGGGCAUCUUACCUAUCUUAUCACUGCCGGCCUGGCUCUUCAACAUUUCACGGAAUCCUGACGGCACGCAACUCACGAUGCGGAACGCCACAUUCACGCUGACUCAAAGCGAGUAUAUCUACUUUACGCUGUGGUCACUCGUGGUGACCACGGACGUGGCAACGGUUUCGGAGCAGGCGCAGCAACUGAAGUCAGCCACGUCCAUCGUCAAGCUCGGCACGGCACCGAACCGUGACAGCAUCAACUUCGCGCAGCUGCGUGGCAUUGGCAUGGACCUAUACAACUUCAGCAUCACGGCCGCUGCGCCCCCGGGUUUCGUGAACAGCGUUCCCGACAAUCCCAACCUGCAAUUCAGCCUCACGGUCCCGCCCGGCAUCACGCAGCUCGCGGUGUACACCCUCGACGACCUGAUCAGCGUGCUACGGAGGGUGCAGGACACCAAGCCGCAGUAUGCCACCGCGCUGUUCAUACUGCGCAACAUCACAAUCGACCCAACCCGAGCGGGCUGGCCAGUGAACGGCUUUGCAGUCAGCUCGCCAGUGAUGUUUGUUGGACAGACCAACUUGGGCAUCCCGACAUGGAUUGAUUUCCAGCGGGUGCAGAAGUUCCUGGUGGUGACGGGCUGCGCCCCCGAAAUUUAUGUCUUCGUCCAGGGCCUCUGGAUGGCGAAUCUGCCCAAUGCCAUGGCACAGACGCAGACACCGCAGCCCAGCGGCAGCGCACCAGUCGGCGCUCACCUGGGCGCAAACCUGCCUGACGUGACGGUUUACGUGACCAACAUUCAGGCUCGCAACACUUCGUGCCCGGCGACCCUGUUAUUCAUGAACCAGUCUAGCAUAUCGGUGACGUACGCGGAGUAUCGGCAGAUCUACAGUGACGCCGCGAAGCACUUGGGAACGACCAUGAGCGGCUCGGGCAUGGUGCUGGGGUCCGACAUUGAUUACAACCUGACAAGCGUGCUGCUCAAUGGCGUGACAUACCAGGACCUCGUUGGGUGGGGCUGGCAUGGUUACAAGACGGAGGUGACUUUCCGGCCACCGCCGGGCGUCACCAUCCUGUACAACAACGUGUAUGACCCACCGUCCCCGCCCGCGUCCCAAGCGCCAAAUGCAAGGUCCUCGGACGGCGAGAGCAGCCUGGCGGGCUGGCAGGUGGCCCUGAUUGUGGUGGGCUGCGUCUUGUUCGUCGCCCUGGUGGGCGUCGUCAUAUACACGCGGACUGUAAAGAAGCUGAAGCAAGAGGUGGAGGCUGUCAAAAGCGGUGCGUCCGACAAGAAGAGCAGCAAUAAUUCAGGUGACGCGGAGGCGACGAACGGCAACGGCACGCGCUUCGGAACCGGCAGCAGCCAUCCGGGAGAUAGCGGCCAGCAUCCCGUCGCCACAGGCAGCGGUAAUGUCCCACAGUCGCCGGCCGUUAAGGCGAUUGCCGGGGCGACCGGCAUGCAGGGCGAGGGCACCAGCGACGACUCCUCGGCGCCGCAGGUGGACCGGCCGCCGCUGGAGGUGCUGAACGCCAUGAUGGCCAGCCUUACGCAGGAGAUGGAUGACCAGCAUCUGCGCAUUCUGGAGGUCAUUGGCCAGGGCGGCUUCGGCGUGGUGUACAGAGGCCAGUGGAAGGGGCUGAACGUGGCGGUGAAGACCAUUACGUUCCAGGACCGGGUGGCGGGCGGCGAGAAGGCGCAGCACAGGGCCAUCCUUGAGGCGGCCAUCUCCUCCUCGCUGGCGCACCCCAACGUGGUGACGACGUACUCGUACGACAUCAAGCCGCUUACGGUGCAAGGCGUGCCGUCAACUGACAGCCCCGGGAGUGGCAACGGCGCCAACGGCACGCCAGGGAUGAAGAUUGUGGACAAGCGGCCGGUGCUGGACUGGAAGCUGUACCUAGUGCAGGAGUUCUGCGAUGGGGGUUCCUUACGGAUGGCUAUCCUCAAGCGCAAGUUUUAUGACGCGAAGAAGGACGAGCCGCGCAUGGAGAUGAUUCUGGACACGUCCGUGGAGCUGUGCGGAGGCCUGUGCCACCUCCACGAAAGAAACAUCGUGCACGGGGAUUUGAAUCCUAACAACGUGCUGCUGAAGCGUGACCCCACGAAGAAGUACGGCGCCGUCUGCAAGAUUGCAGACUUUGGUCUAAGCAUCAAGAUGAAUGCCGACCAGAGUCACAUCAGCAACAUGCGGCGCGGCACGCCGUUUUACACGUGUCCGCAAAUCCUGGCGCGGGGCAACAUGACCAAGGCGGCGGACGUGUAUUCCAUGGGCGUGAUGAUGUGGGAGAUGUACCACAGCUGCAUGUCGUACCGCUCUCUUCCCAGCGGCUUCGCGGCGCGCGAGAGCUUCCCCAAGUUCCCGCGCAAGGCGCCGCACGAGUUCGCGCGUGUUGUGGGCUUGUGCCUGGACCCGGAGCCCUCGCAGCGGCCCGCGUUCGUGCAUCUGAAGGAGCUGCUGGAGGCGCAGCUGGAGGCGCUCAAGCGCGGCGACCUGCGCACCGGCGACGAGGUGCUGGGGCCGGACCCCGUCGGCGACGCCACACACAUGGCGUACUGCCAGGACUGAUGAAGCGGCAGCGUGCAGGUGGUGGCUCGGCUCAGCUUGGCUGAGCAGGCGGGUGGGUGGAUGAGCAGCUGGACCAUGCGGCACGACCAGCGAAGCGCGGCGUGGCGAGUGGCGCGGUGGCGCAAGCGGUCGGCUUCGCGGAGAGGAGCGUAUGGGGCGCCGGACUGACUGGGGCGGCACGGUCAGCACCCGGCAGCCGGCGGGCAAGGCUGCACUUGAGGUGUGCGGAUUGAGGCGCGCGUGCGCCACGUAUGUAGUACUGCAAUGUGAUUCUUCGUAAGCUGUUGACUUCGUGCAUGCCGCGCAACGUAGCGGGAAGGUGGGUAGUCUUCAUACAACGGGGCGGUUGGAAGGGCUUCUGGCCGUCGCACUGAUUGCUGGAGCCGGCAUGCGAUGCGCAACAGCCUGGCUGCUUAGAAUGUACGACAGGGGCAGAGGGAGCUUGCAUGAGGAGUUGUGUGCACCUGGCAGGGUCACCAUGACGGCAUCGGUGUGAACAGUAAUGACGUACGGUGAUUUCCUGAAGCGCUCGGUGAUUCUGCAUAUCCUUAACCAGCACUUGAUGCGCGCAUAUUGGCCUUGGCGACACAGAGAAACCCCUCUUGUGUAUUUGGAAUGGAGCGUGGUAGCAUUUGGUGGGGUGCUGGUUAAAAAGGCAGACCGCUUGUGGCUGCCUCUCUGCCAGCAGUUAUAAGGCCUGGAUGAUGUCUGCGCACUUUGGCGCUUUGGAGCAUGGCCAUGGAGCAGCCUAUGGAACGCAGUCGCUGCAAUUGGGGCAUGGAACUGUUGGAGCAUUGCUGUGACGCACGGCUGCAGCCGUGGGCAACGGGUCUUCCGCAGGAAGGCUGCUGCCGGCCCGGAGUAUGGUAUCAUUUCAGAAAGCAUUGUGGGGCCUGACGCUUGCCCAUCCUGGGCCCUGCAGCGCAUGCUUUUAUGACUCAUAAAUAUACAGUGGCGACAUGGACGGUCUGCUGAUGCGUGUGGGCUGCGGUGGGGCCUUGAAGUAGGGAGCUUUUACCCCAGCGCAGGCGGAUACAGGUAUACGGGCAAAGAUUGGAGGUGGCCUCGGAUGUGUAGUAAUAAAUUGCAUUGCUUGUCGGUGGGUAGGGCGCAUUGUGCAGGCUAGUUCUACGUUUGAUCACAGUACCGGUGCCCUCGUUCAUGCAAGGGUGCAGGACGCAGCAGACACAGGAUGUGGGUUCUGUGAUACUUUGCGAGCUAGUCUCAAAAGGUGGAAUCAUGGUAUAUAUAAUGACAAUGGGUACGGCCGCGCUUCAACAGCCGUGACUAACACACGCAACUGGUAUUGUAACACACAGCCAUGAAGCUGUCCUCCUACCGGUGUUUCCUUGAAAGGUGUGUUGGGGGAUGCAUUUGAAUUGGCAGUGAGCAUUUACAAGUUUCCCUGCCUUCAAGCUGGAAUGUCAAUGGGGGGGCUGUGCGCGUUCGGUUGUACAUAGAGGACGGGAGGGACAGAUCGUGCAGAUGGGUGGCAGGGUGGGAGAAGACAGAUUGUGCCAGUUGGGUUGGGCAGCACAGAUGGACAGUGGGGGCCGGGAAUGAGGAGCCCGAAAAGACAGAUGAGCCAGUGCGGAUGCCGUUGCAGGGGGAGAGUGGGAGACUAGACUUGCUGUGCGGGGCAGAGGAGAGACGCGAGUAUGGCACAUGCGCCAGGAACCCGAGGAGAGUUGACGUAGCGUUGCAGCCAGCAGCGCCGCGGCUUUUGCUCCGAUCUACUCCACUACUC